AGUAGUCGUUCGCCACUUCUAAGAGUACGUACUCGGACGUGAUGGCUAACUCGGCCGCCUUGAUCCUUCUAAUCUCAUCGGUCCUGCUAGCCGCAGCUGCCUACAUUCGCCGUGAGCCAGGCCACGCGGACGGAAGCUUCGCCGACACACACCUCCACUUCUUCAUGCACGACGCCUACGACGGCCCGCGCCCCACGGCCGCGCUCAUCGUCACUGGAAGGGAGCCGCUCCCGCUACCGUCUGACGACGGCGCCACCGACCAGGAGGCAACCUCCUCCUCCCCACGGAGGUUCGGCGACAUCGCCGUGAUGAACAACGCGCUUACGGAGGGGCCCGAGCGCGGCAGCGCACGAGUCGGCUCGGCGCAGGGGUUCACCGUGCGCGUCGCGGAGCACGGCGCCGUGAACGACCUAAGCCUGCACCUCGUGAUGGAGGCCGGCGAAUACGGGGGAAGCUCGUUGGCGGUGAAGGGCAGGGUGGACACGGGCGCCGCGGUGCGGGAGUCCAUAAUCGUCGGCGGCACCGGCCGCUUCCGCUUCGCGACGGGCUACGCGCUGAGCAGGAGCUACGACUACGACGUCGCCAGCGGAGGAGUCGUGGAGAUCGAUGUGUACGUGCAGCUUCGACGAGUUUAAUUAUAUGCUGCAUGCAUGUCUGGCCGGCGUACGCGUCGAGUGAGCAUACUGAAUUUGUACCGAUGACAUCCAGGGGACAACAUGAAAUAAAGAGAUAAUUGCGUGAGCAACCUCA